AUGCCGCGGCUAAGGAGGCUGGACGUGUUGAGUGACGACGUCGUCCUGUACCCCGAGCCCCCCCAGCUGCCCGCGCUCCCGCCGGGACACGCCGGCCUGCAGUGGCUCAAGCUGUGUGCCCCCACCCGCUGCUCCACGGGGAGCAUAAAUCCUCUCUCCACCCGGAUCCCGCUCCGCUCCGGUUUUCACUGCCAUGACGCUCUCCGCGAACAUUUGGCUCGCUUCCCGAUCCCUCCUUUCCGUUUCGCCGAUCUCCACCCCAGCACCACCACCUCAAAAUUGCAAGCUGCAAGUCCAUCAUCCCGAACUCAUUGGUGUGUGUUUUUCAUUGUUCCAGGCGGGAGGUUCUUCUUCCCGGAGACGCCGCUGCAGCCACAGCCGCAGCCGCGUUUCAUCCCCUUCCAGCAGACGGCCGACGACCAGCAGUUCCAGGCCGGCUUCUUCCAGCAGCAGUCGCCGCAGCCAGCCUCCUUCUCGCCCUUCCGCUCGGCCGCGCCCGACUACCACAGCGACUUCAUCCGCGCGCAGCAGCAGCAGCUCGGCCAGCAGCAAGGCACCCGCCAGCAGCAGCAGCAGCAGCCCGAGCUCAGUCAGUUCGACCGGGUGCCGCAGUUCCAGUCGCUGCAGCCUCAGUUCCCGCAGACGGCGCCGCAGCAGUUCAACCCCUUCACCUUCCAGUCCGGUGGGCCACCCUCCGGGCCAGCGGCCCCCGCCGCCCCGGCGCCGCGGCCGCAGGUGACGCCGCAGCACACACGACUGCAGCAGCCCACGUCCUUCGUGCAGCCCUUCACGCCUACCACCAUCCGCCCGCCCGCGUCCGCCAUCAACGCGAUCCGCAACCGGCGGCCGCAGGUGCAGCAAGUGGACACGACCGGCUUGGGGGCGACGGGGCCGCAGCGCUUCCUCGACCAGGUCGGGUUUGCCUCGCCCACGCUGUCCCCCACGCUUUCGCCCACCCUGCUGUCCUUCCCGAGGGACGACCUCCGGACGGUGCACCAGGACUUCACCAACGCUGAGCGUCAGCAGCAGGGCAUCGACGCGAUCCAGCAGCAGCGCUGGAGGCAGCAGCAGGUGUCCUUCCCACAGGACGCGGCCUUCCCGACUCAGGCCGAUGACUUCGCUCCCGGCGUGGUCGAUCAACACCUGGAGGUGGACUACCCGACAACGGCGAGGCCGAGCGCGCGGCCAGUCCCUCAGCGGACCGCGACGCCGCCGCCCACGCCCGCGCCGACGGCCGCGACCACGAGCACCCCCGCGCCGCAGCCCACGACCUACAGGGCGCCCAACCGAGACAACGACCGGAGGAUCCAGAACUUCUGUUGA